AUGGCGACGGCAAUUACACCGGCCGUGGUUGCGAAGCCGCUCUCUGAUUUCCACAAGAUUGGCCACAAUACGUACCUCAGCACGCCGGGGUCAUACACAUCCAAGGAACCCCUCAUCCUCCUCUUCUCCUGGAACGCGGCAGCAGCGAAGCACAUCGCGAAAUACACAGUUGCGUACCGGAGGUUCUUCCCCACGGCAAGGAUCGUGCUGAUACGAUGCCACACGCCAGACAUGUUUCGCAGGGAAGCAAGAUACGAAAAGCUCCUACGGCCAGCUAUUGAAACGGUGCAAGAACAUAGCAAAGCGGGUGGGGAGGUGCUGGUGCACAGCUUCUCCAACGGCGGCGGCAACCAAGUGACCGAGUUUGCAAAGGCGUGGCGGAAGCUCGAUGGUUCGCUGUUGCCUAUGCGCGCGCAGAUUCUAGACUCGUCGCCUGGAAAGGGAGGCUGGAAGCGGAGCCACGCCGCCAUCAGCGCGUCUUUGCCGCGCACGAGGCUGUGGGGGCUGAUUGGCUCUGCCUUUGUGCAUAUGCUUCUCGCAAUGGUAUUCCUCUUCGAGAGCUUGACGGCGAGGGAGAACAAGAUGGUUGUCAUGUGCCGGCAGCUCAAUGACGGCGCCAUCUUUGACGUACGGACACCGCGGGUUUAUUUGUACAGUCGAGCCGACGAAAUGGUGGGCGCCGAGGAGGUCGAGGAGCAUGCAGACCGUGCGAUGGCGAACGGGUGGCAUGUGGCGAAGGUCAGGUUCGACAAGAGCGCGCAUGCGGGGCACGUUCGGGAAGACGAGGGAAUGUACUGGGGCGCGAUCCUGGAGGCGUGGAAGAGCGGGCGCAAGGAGGCAUAG